UUCGCUUAAAAUGUAUAUACAGUCUUACAUUUUAGUGCAAAAGUUAUUUUUCUUCAUUCGACACCGACUGAUUUUUUUUUUAUCAAAUUCAAAAAGUUCUGAAUUGUUUUGAGAACAAAAUCCGGAUGUUUAUUAUUCUAACGCCACUUGAAUCUCCGAUUAUUUAAUUACUCCAUUCCGAAUUUUCUCCUUUUUUGUGUACAGCUUUUGAAGAAGCUGGAAGCAUGACUCCGUUUUUCGUCGCCAUUUUCUUGCUCGGCCUUUCGUCCCUGGCCACGGCCGCCAACUUCAAUAAAGUCUUCGAGUGGAAUGAAUUGGAUUUCGAGUGGCCGUCAGAAGCGAAAAGGACACAGGCCUUGCGAGAUGGAACUUACAAGCCGGAGAACUUUGAUCCUCUUCACAUGGCUGUCUACGGAUCAAGGAUCUUUUUCACCAUUUCAGAAAGGGACGGCAUUUCAGUGACUCUGGUGUCUGUGCCAAAGAGCAGCGCGUCCUCCGCACCUCCAAAACUCACUCCAUUCCCUUCGUGGGACAUGCAUGCAAAGGAAGACUGCAACAAAAUUGAAAACGCCAGAACACUUGACGUGGACUCGGUUGGAAGGUUGUGGGUGCUCGAUCAGAGUAGCAGGGAAUGCAAACCCAAACUGUGGACGAUUGACUUGAUUAACAACGAUCAAAUCAAACUGACUCAUCAGUUUUCUUCUCGCUCUAUUAUGCACGACUUGGUGCUCGACGAAACGCCCGACGGAACCUUUGCCUACAUCUCGCGUGGAGGGAUUUUCGGAGAACAGUACAUCGUCGUGUUUAGUUUGGAAAGAAAUGAAUCUUGGAUUGUGGACACGCCAGGAAUCGACGUUUACUCCAUUGUCCUGUCCCCUCGAAAAGAUCAGGAACAGAGACAGCUCUACUUUGGCAAAUCCUACUCCGAUGAAUUGUAUUCGAUUUCUGCCGCCGCACUCCGCAACGGAACUGGAACUUCAAAUCCGAAACCAGUCGGAAUCUGGACUAAACCUAGUUCAUACAGAAUGCUGAUGGACAACCACGGGACAUUGUAUGCCGCCUUUGAGGGACGGUAUUACAUUUCCUCUUGGAACACUUCCCAACCGUUUGAGGAGCAGCGUUUUCACGAGGUCGCUGAACUGUAUACUUUCUGGCCGUUUACUUUUGCCUUGGACUCUUCGGGAACAUUUUGGAUGACUGAGUUUGAUAAAUCAGCACCCAAGACGAGGUUCAGGCUACUAAAAGCUACAGCGCCAGAAUUAUACGCUGCCAGUGCAAGUGGAGAGGCCCAAAAUAGAAAGCUGAUCAACUUAAGCGUAUUCUUCGCUUUCCUCGUGACCAUGGCCUUUUCGUAGUUUUGUAACCGAAAAUAAAUUUCCACGUUUCAAAA